UAGAACAACUACAGUCGAGACAAGCAUGAAACCGUCCUCUGUAAUGUUUCUCGUCCUGAACGCAUGACGUGUUGUCUGCGCUGGGAGGCGGGGCAGGCAGUGGAGCUGGGGGGAAAAAAAUACCUAAAUAAAGGCAAGAGGAUCGUUUCAAAUGCAAACAUACGCACCAAGCAAGAAAGAAGCUGCAAGUUCUAUUCCACCCACCAGCCAUGCCAAUCCGUCGCUCCGCCGGGACACCCUCCCAGGAAACGGCACCCAAGAACCCUCCUGCAGCAGAUGCGGACGCCAGCUCUGAGGAGUCAGUCUCCACAGGGGGAGAGCAAGAGAACGAGGCACCCACAGCAGCUCCACCACAGGAGGAGGUGAAGCAAGAUAACGAGAAAGCUGAAACAGAGGAGGAGAAAAAAGAGGAGGAGAAGCCUGCUGAGGGGCAGAAGAAAGAUGACAAAGAUGCCGUGAAGGAAAAGAAGAAGAAGAAAGUGAAGAAGAAGAUUCCUGCCUGGGCCACCAUGUCGGCCAAACAGCUGGCCCGCUCCCAGAAGGGCGCACAAGUCACCUUGUUCGCGCGGCCCAAGAUGGAUGCCAUCCUCACAGAGGCCAUCCAGGCCUGUUUUCAGAAGUCUGGUGCCUCUGCAGUUGCCAUCAAGAAGUACAUUGUUCACAAGUACCCAUCACUGGAGCUGGAUAAGAGGGGCUACCUGCUGAAACAAGCCCUGAAGCGGGAGCUGCAGAGGGGGGCCGUAAGACAGGUGAAAGGAAAGGGGUUCUCUGGGAGCUUCACAGUGGUCUCCAGCCAUUCCAAGCAGUCACAGAAAUCCAGAAAGAAAGGUGGCUCUGCUCCAGCCAAGGUGGCAGUGCCUGAGCCCACAGAGAAACUGGAGAACACUCUGCCUCUGAUCUUCACCCGCCUCUGUGAGCCCAAAGAGGCCUCCUACUUCCUCAUCAAGAAGUACGUGGAGCAGUACUUCCCCAAGCUCAUGGCGGAGAGCAGACCCCACAUGUUGAAGAAUGCUUUGCAGAGAGCUGUAGAGAAGGGACAGCUGGAGCAGUUAACUGGGAAAGGAGCGUCUGGAACAUUCCAGCUAAAGAAGCUGGGGGACAAGCCCCUUCUGAGCGGCGGUCCUUUCGAAGACGCAAUCCUGUCUGCCAUCACUGCCAUGAACGAACCCAAGACCUGCUCCACCACAGCACUCAAGAAAUUCGUGCUGGAGAACAGCCAGGGAGGCAAGGUCAACCUGCAGGUGAACAACUUGAAGAGGACCCUGCGGAAAUGCGAGAUGUUCGGCUGGAUGGAGCAGAUCUCUGGGAAGGGCUUCAGCGGCACCUUCCAGCUCUGCUUCCCCUACUACCCCAGCCCUACAAUCCUGUUCCCUGACAAACACAAGGAGGAGGAGUCUGAGUCAGAAGAGGAGGAGGAGGAGGAAUCAGAAGAGGAGUCUGAGGAAGAAUCUGAGGAGGAGUCUGAGGACGAGCCUCCGCCAAAGAAAAGGCAGAUAAAGAGACCCCCUCCCAAGGUCCGCACCCCUCCGCCCCCCAAACCCCGCAAGCCACCAGCCAGCAAGAAAAGAGGCGGGGGCAGCGCCCAGAAGGUCAGCGUGCCGGCUUUCACCCCCAGGGGCAAAAAACCUGCACCUGCCAAAAAAGCCGCGCCUGCCAAGAAAGUUUCGACCCCUGUCAAGAAAGCCGCUCCGCCCCCUAAAGCUGCAGCGGCAAAGAAAGCCGCACCACCCCCUAAAGCUGCCCCCCUGAAUAAACCCAAAACGCCAGCGACCAAGAAGAUGACGAGCCGAGCUCCCAAGAAAUCCCCGGCGAAGACAACUCCGGCCAGGUCUCCCGUCAAGGGGAAACCGGCCGCCCGCAAGUCCCAGAGAGUGAGGAAGUGAGUUGGGGAGACUGCGGCCAGUGCAGCAGCCGCAUCGGAGGGUCAGCCGUGCUCUGGAGAUCCAGGCUGUACAGUUGCUAGUGCUUUCCCCCUGGUGUUCCUCCUUUUAUUUUGGUAGGCUGUAAGCUUUCAACUCCCCAAGCUGUUUACGGGGAAUAAAACAACAGUGUUUUAUUCUUUUUAUUUUUGUAAAGUUUCUCUCUAUCAGUGCUGGAAUUCUAAAGCUUCCGCCAGAGUAAAGAAGGCAAGGAAAGUCGAUCUCACAAGAGGGAAUAUUUUUUGGAUUGAAAUGUUUCUUUAAACCUUAAAUCCUCUUUUAUAAAUCCACUGAUUUUUUUGUUAGGAUGUGUGUGAAAUUCCUCUGUGUAACGUCCAUAAUCUUCCCCAGACAUUGCUUGACUUCUUUGUUCUUUAUUUAGUUUUAAUUCAGAUUUGCCUUCAGACUCACUCACAUGUGCUACCUGGUGCUGACUGUGUGAGCACACGUUGCUGUGUGGUGCGUAUUAGGCUUUGCUUUGUCUUUUGUGUAUUUUUAAUAAUUAUUUGUUUUAAAUGAAAAGUCCAAUGAGAUAUAUUUUGCUACCCAAAUAAGUCGGUAGUGAUUUGGGUAUUUUGGUUCUCUUAAGAUAAGAAGCAGCUAAAGAAUACUUACAAAUCAAAUUUAAAAUACAAGAAAUGCAUAGUAAGUGCCAAAAUCAUACUAGUCAUCAACUUUUAAUUUGCAAAGUUAUUUGAAGUGAGACCUCCCUGUGGGAGGGACAUACCAGAGAACUAGGUGUCUGGUUGGCCGAAAGGGCUACAAUUCUAAAAUCACUUAUUUAGUGGAGAGGGGAAGGAGAAGAAAAAGCACAUGUUUUGUGGUAAUGUUUAUUAUUUAGCGGUAGGAAAUAACAAAAACGGGAAAUAAAAAUGAUUUCAAAUUUCGAUCUGAUGCGAUAACUUAAAAAUAGAGUAUAACGAAAACCUGAUUUUGUUUGAAGGUUUCUGAGAAUUCUUUUGUUACUGUAUCAAAAAAAAAAAAAGCUAUUCUGUGUAUUGGUGCAUUUCUUUGAGUGUGAAGACUGACAACCUUGUUUUCAGUAAUCACUAGAAUAUUAGUAAUCUGCAUGCACAUAAUGCCCCUUGUGGUGCUUUUUCUGUAAUCAUUAAUAAAUAGUGACUUGUAUAUA